AUGGACAGCUCUCCCGCCUCGCCUUUGGCCCCCAGGGAUCCCAGCUCCCCUGAAUCUUCGAUCGGCGAACAAAUCGCCACUCUACAGGCCCAGCUUGCCGCUCUGCAGGCCUCGCAACCCGCCGCCGCCGCAGCCGCCGCACCCCCGGCCGUCACCGUCGUGCCGGGGAACGCCGCCACCGCAUCCAAGGUCGUGUUUCCCAAGCACGCUCGUCUGGACGGCCCCAAGUCGUUCACCAACUGGUUGCGUCAACUCCGUCUUGCACUCCCGAACCAGGUUCGUGGUUACGUUCUCGACGGUGUCGUUCCCCCGACCUGGACCGCCGACCAGCUUGCCGCACGUGACGACGCCGCCCGGGAAAUCAUCGUUGGCUCUAUCGACUCCGCCGACGUAUCGGCCACCCUCGACGCCAUCCCCAGCGACGACCUGUCGGCACCGCGCAUCUUUGCCGCUCUCAAGGCUCGUUUUGCACCGGACGACGCUACACGCACUCUCGAGUUGUUCGCUCGCCUUUGGGACUUCAGGAAGAUGCCUGCCUCCGUCGAGGCCUACGACACUUGGCUACGCGAGUACAUGUCGAUUGCUCAGGAAAUACGCGACGCCAAAACAUCGCUCAACGACGUGCUCGCCACCCACGUGCUCGCCAUGGUCCCGUCUUGCCUCGACAGCUUCCGACUCACGUUCACGGACGAGCAGCGAAACCGACGCGACCUUCCCGAACUCACGACGCUUACGGACCGCAUUCGCAUCCAGCUUCGUUCGGCAGGACUCUCGACCUCGCAUUCGGCCAUGCUUGCCACCAGCUCCCCCUGCCCCGCCUGCCGCGCUCCCGGUCACCGCCUGCGCGACUGCACUUCACGUGCGAAGCACCCGCCCACCGGCCCCUGCCGCCGAUGCCACAAGAAAGGUCACUGGGCACUCGACUGCAAGAACCGGGGUGAACAGGCACGUAGCAGCGACGACACCCAGGACGACACGUCUUCCUCCGCGGCCUCGCAACCGAACGUCGGCUAUUUCGCCUCCUGCCUCUUCGCUCGUCGCCAACUCCCAACUGACACCUUUGUAGUCGAUUCGGGUGCCACGACACACAUGGUCGCCGACCGAUCUCUAUUCACGACUUAUCGUCAGACGGCACACACCAAGAUCGGCGGCAUCGCGGGCGGCAUCACGGCUAUCGGCAUGGGGGACGUGGCAUUCGUCGCCAAGACUGGACACCCGAUCACGCUCCGUGGUGUUCUUCACACGCCUGGCCUACACGUCAACCUCCUCUCUGUCUCUCGCCUCUGCGACACCGACCGCGUUCGUCUCGCCUUCACCAGCGACGGCAUCGACAUCGCCAAGGACGGCCGGGCCAUUGCUCACGGUACCAGGGUCAACGACGGUCUUUACCUUUUGGACGCGGAUCACACCAAGUGUCAGCAUCUUGCCUUCCUCUCACGCUCUGAGUCUCCCGUGCCCCUGCUUACCCUACACCGCUGCCUCGGCCAUCUUGCCCCAUCCUCUAUACAGAAGAUGAUUGCUGCAGGUUUGCUGGACGGGUUUGGGGCCGGGUACAGUGACAAAGACGUAGAGGAGUUUGUUUGCAAUGCUUGCCUUGGUUCCAAAGGUCACCGCCUUCCCUUUCCCGACUCUGAGUCGCAUUCCGCCGAGAGACUUGGCCUCGUGCACAGCGACGUCCUGUCGUUCCCCACUCCGUCCUUGACCGGGAAGCGCUACCUUGUCACGUUUCUAGACGACCACUCUCGCAAACUCUGGGCAUAUGCGAUCGAUCACAAAAGCGAUGUUUUCCCGACCUUCCAGACUUGGCUCGCCGAAGUGGAGUUAGAGACGAACGCGCGGUUGAGGAUCCUUCGAACCGACAAUGGCGGGGAGUACCGAUCAAACGCAUUCACGGAGUUCUGCAAAUCCAAGGGCAUUCGUCGUCAAUACUCUAUCCCUUACACGCCUCAACAAAACGGUCGCGCCGAACGUGUCAACCUCUCCAUCGUCGAGGGCGUCCUCGCUCUCCUUGCGGACGCCCGUCUGCCGGCCACCUUUUGGGAUGAAGCGGCUGCGUAUUUCGUUUAUUGCAAAAACAGGUGCUCACACUCAGCUUUGGCCAAACAGACUCCAGAAUCCGUUUGGAACGGCCAACGCACCACCGCCACCGCCCUCCACCCGUUCGGCUGCACAGCCUGGCUCACGGUCGCCCCGGACCUUCGCAGCAAGCUCGACCCCAAGGCCGCGCGCGUGAUCUUCACAGGUUACGACCUCGCCUCCAAAGCUUUCCGUUUCUUUGACCAUUCCAUCAACAAGAUUGUACUUGGUCGCAAUGCCACCUUCCUCGACGACGACUUCCCCGGCCUGCCAGUCACCACGCCCGUCGAUGCAGACGACACCGACCGUCAGUUCGUCGUUCCCGCCGACACGCCCGCCCCUGCCGUCAAGACGAGGACCCCACUAGUAAGGUCGGCGCACAUGGACGUCUCAUCCUCCCUUGAUGAUUCUGCCAUGAGCGCCGUUGACGUGGCCCCAGGGUACACUGGCGGAACCUUACUUAAUUCCACAGAUACCGAAUCGUCCUCGUCACCGUCUCCUGAGCCGUCCUCGUCACCGUCGCCCACAAACCCUUUGUCACCGUCGCCUGCGCUGUCACCGUCGUUGGCAGCGUCAUCGUCACCCUCGGUCUCACCGACCGACUCUGACUACUCCGCCGACCCUCUGGACCUCAUCGGCUCACAGACCCCGACUCGCCUUGGCCCACCGGACGUGCACCGCCCAGACUUCAGCACGUACCGUGAGCCCGCAUCGGCUGAGGAGUCGCCCGACGAACUCGACAUCAUUGGGCGUCACUCGCGCGAUGAAUCGCCGGAUGAAAUCGAUUUCCUCACCCAACAACACCGCGCCUUCAUCGCCACAGACGACGACGACCCCACCCUCGACGCCAUCGAGCCCGUCAAAUCGAUCACUAGCGACCCCCAGACCUGGCGCGAAGCAAUGUCCAGCGACGAGCACAACAUCUGGGCUGAGGCCGCCGCCGCCGAGUUCACCGCCAUGCGCGACGACUUCAAGGUGUUCACCAUCGAGCCUCGCUCAUCUGUACCGCCGGGCGCCACCAUCGUCACCUCCAAAUUCGUCUGGAAGACCAAGCGCAACGCAAGCGGUGAAGUCACGGGGCGGAAGGCACGUCUUGUAGCGCAGGGUAACCGACAGCGCGACGGCAUCGACUUCUCAGAAACCUUCGCACCCGUCGCCCGUUUCUCCUCCAUUCGCUGCCUCCUGGCUCUUGCCGCUGCCAAUGGCUACCACGUUCAUCAGGCCGACAUCGACAAGGCUUACCUCCACGGCGAGCUCGAUCAUGAUAUCUGGAUGACGACACCACGCGGUUUCGACUUCCCGAGCGAUAAGGUUCUCCGGCUGCGACGCUCAAUCUACGGUCUCAAGCAGGCCGGUCGCAUCUGGAAUCGUCACAUUGACACAUCACUCAGGAAUCUGGGGUACAAGGCAACAGGCACUGAUCACUGCAUUUACUCUCGCAUUGACGAUCAGCAGCGGCCUCACUAUAUCGCCUUGUAUGUCGACGACCUCCUCAUUGUCAGUCCAGCCCUCGACGAGAUCGAACGUGUCAUCUCCGGCCUUGAACAGCGGUACGGCGUCAAACGACUCGGCCCCGCGGAGUACAUCCUCGGAAUCCAAAUACGCCGCCUGGACGACGGUUCCAUUGCUCUAUCCCAGGAGCGCUACAUCAUGGACGUGCUGGCCCGUUUCCACUUCGACACCACGACACGCGGCACUACGGUGCCGAUGACGCCCGGCCUCUCGCUCACGGCAAUUCCGGGUCAGGGAACGGAGCGCAUUCGUUCGUGGUACCUACAGGCCAUCGGCUCCCUCCUCUACAUCUCCCUUGGCACUCGACCCGACAUUGCCUUCGCCGUCUCGUACCUGUCCCGGUUCGCCAACAACCCCGGCCGCCGCCAUUGGAUUGCCGUCAAACACGUCCUUCGCUACCUUCGCGCCACGUACCGCGAUGAGCUUCUCUAUGCCCGCGGCCCAGCAAAAGUCACGGGUGUGGUUGGUUAUUCUGAUGCGAACUGGGGCGCCUGCGUCGACACAUCCAUUUCAACGAUGGGCUACGUAUUUUACUUGGCAGGCGCCGCUGUCUCUUGGUCGUCGAAGCGUCAGACUCGGGUAGCGGAUUCCACCACUGAUGCCGAGUACCUGGCCUUGUCGCACGCGGGUAAGGAAGCGAUCUACCUUAACCAACUCCUCUCCGAGCUCCACGUUUGCCCAAUCGCUGCAGCUCACAUCUUCACCGACAACGAGGCCGCGGCCGCCGUCGCUCACGACCCCGUUCGCACCUCCGGCACCCGGCACAUUCGCCUCCGCGAGCAUUUUGUCCGUGACAUGGUCAAUCGAGGUGAUAUCUCUCUCUCACACGUUGGCACAGCAGACAUGGUUGCGGACGUAUUCACCAAGGCGCUAGGCCCCAAGAUUUUUGGUACACAUUGCUAUGCUCUAGGCCUCCGGACGCGACAUCCACGGCUCAAGUCUACCUCGCGUUCGCGUGGGGGGGGGUGUGAGGAAUCCACUCUCCGCUCGGCUCAGGACUUAGGCGCGCGGAGCGAACCGGGCGCGGACUUAGGCGCGCGGAGUGAGCCGGGCGCCCCGGCCCAGGACUUAGGCGCGCGAAGCGAGCCUGGGACUUAG